CCGGGCGACGCCGGGACCGGCGCCCGGCUCCGCCCCUCCCUCCGGUAUAAAGGCGGCGACGCGGCGGGCACCGACAGACGCUGGGAGACGGCGCGAGCACGAUGCCGCUGUCCCAGAGCAGGGCUGGGCAGACCCCAUGCAGCAGCAAGGCCUGCAGGAACCUCUUUGGCCCCGUGGACCACGACCAGCUCCAGCAUGACUUUGAGGACAAGAUAAGACAACAGCUGGAAGAAGCUCAGCAGCGCUGGAACUUCAACUUUGAGACAGAGACUCCCUUGGAAGGGCCGUUCAAGUGGGAGAGGAUCCUCGUGGCUGAGCAGCCGCCCCAGGAGGUUCACAGCCUGGUCAGGGCUGUCAUCAGCAGUGACAGCAGGAGCUCCUUGGCCCACAGGGUCCCCCCCAAGGACCGUGUUGGCAGGAUUUGCCCCGAGGAGUCUCAGCAGAGCUCGCAGGUUUACAAGGCUGGUUCCCCACAGAGCCUGAAGCGUGGGCAGACCACGAUCAAAGACUUCUACAGUGCCAAGCGGAGGAUCGUCCCUGCCCGGCCCCGGCCGUGACUCGCUGCAGCAGCUGCCGACACCAGGGGUGCCCGUGGCUCCCCUGCCCCAUGCUGUGUGAGCUGAUCUGUACGAAGCAAUGUAGAGUCUGUAGUUUCCUAUUUAUGAGUAGCUCUGGGGUCCUGAGGGACCUUCACUGUGUGCAAUGUGGAGGAGGAGCCCCACGGUGGAGCUGGAGGAGGACUGAGAUGGGCCUGGUGGGACCAAAGCACUGCCCUGCCUGCAGAGAAGUGUCCUCUGCCCUGUGCCUGUGGGGCCAAACACAGUCCUUGUGCCACCCUGCUGUCCAGCCGUGGAUCCGUCCCUUGCCUAGGGACUGGCUGUGGGGGACGCUUGUGUCCCAGCCACCUGGUGGCACCAGAUAUCUUUAAGAAAAGUCCCUGGUGUGGUUUGUAGAGCCCUGGGAUGCCUCGGCUGCUGUCACACGGGGGUGGCCCUCUGUCCCAGCAGGAUGGACCCAAGCACUUGUCCGUGUGUGGGAGCAGAGUGACGUGGAGGCUGCUCCUUCCCACGGCUGUUCCCUGGACAGUCCUUGGGGUGACUCACCAGGAACAGCCACUGGGGGACCAACACUGCCCCUGGGAGGCUUUGGGAUCCCCUGCACUCUGCUGGCCCCAAAUCCCACUUUCUUACCUUGUUGUUGUUGGCUUGUUGAGUGGUGCUGCUUGUGCCCACAUUCCUGCCUCCCUCAACACUGACACCGGGCUGGGGAGCCCCUGCUCUGGCUCUGUUGGGCUCCUCUAGGAAGAAGUCCUGCUCACCAGCAGGGCUGAUGCUGAAAUAAGGAAUUGUAGCUUGUUUUCCUGGACUUUUUCUCCUUUGGGGCUGGCGGGGAGAGGACCCUCACCUGGCUCUGCUCUGGGACCAAGGGAUGGCCUGGAGCAGAGGCUGCUGAGUUCCAGCACUGAAGGAUGAGUCCCUGCUCCUGAGGGACUCGACACUGUCAGGUCUCAGCACUUUGAUGGGGUUCAUCUCCUGCUCUGCUGGAUUUGGACUCGGGAAACUGGUGCAAGAUGGUCCCAGGAAGAAAAGGGACAGGGUUGAUUUCCCACCUUGCAGCACGAUGCACUUUGCUGUCGGUGAAGCUGCCAAGCUCCCAGCACUAAAUGUUUAUUUAUAUUUAAAAUAAUGCUAUUAAGUGUAUGUGGGGAAAGGGGAAAUACCUGUUUGUCUGAGAGUGUUAACUCUGAAUAAACACUUAUGUGAAGGAA